CCCUUUUCUGAAAUCCCCAAUAUCCCGCCAUUGGGGUUUUAAGCAAAACCCUAAAUCCCCAAACCAUCACUCGUCCACACUUCCACCAUCUGAAUCCAAUCAACUGCAGGUAUGAGUUUCGCGGCGUUCAAGAUGAUGCAUUGGGCAACCGGCAUGGAGCACUGCGCCUCGGGUUUCAUCACCCAUUCCUCCGCAGAUUCCACGCCCAAAAUCCCUCCGAUCACCGCCGACGACAUCGACUCGGACUGGACCACCUCCUCCAAGCCUAUUGGACCGGUUCCCAACCUCAUUACUGCUGCCGCCAACGUUCUUGAAGUUUACAUUGUAAGAAUUCAGGAAGAGGCUUCUCCGUCCUUAGCUCACAAAGCUGCUGCCGAGCCCAAGGGUGGUGGAGCCGUCUUAGCUGGUAUUUCCGGUGCCUCACUUGAGCUCGUUUGCCAUUAUAGGUUGCAUGGUAAUGUGGAGUCAUUGGGGGUGCUACCAAAUGGAGCUACUGAUGGUGGAAAGAGGAGAGACUCUAUUAUAUUGACUUUUCGAGAUGCAAAAAUAUCAGUUUUAGAGUUUGAUGAAUCAAUAUAUGGGCUACGAACCAGUUCCAUGCAUUGUUUUGAGGGUUCUGACUGGAUUCACUUGAGAAGAGGCAGAGAAUUUUUCCCAAGAGGCCCACUAGUGAAAGUUGAUCCAUUGGGGAGGUGUGCUGCGGUGCUUGCAUAUGGAUUACAAAUGAUAGUCCUCAAAGCAGCUGAGGCUAGCACUGGUUUAACUGCACCUGCAGAGGACAGUACUUUCAGGGCAGCUGCUGCAUCUCGAAUUGAAUCAUCGUAUAUUGUUGGCUUACGAGAUCUUGAUAUGAAGCAUGUUAAAGAUUUCAUCUUCAUCCAUGGUUAUAUUGAGCCUGUUGUGGUAAUUCUUCAUGAACAUGAGCUUACAUGGGCGGUCGGGUUGCUUGGAAACAUCACACUUGUAUGCUCUGAAGCGGCGGCGAGAGGGUGGCAGGUGGAGAAGCCGUGCGACGAGAUAUACGUUGUCGGAGAAGGUGAAACCCUGCACACCAUCAGCGACAAGUGCUCCGAUCCUUACAUAGUCGAGAGGAACCCGCAUAUUCACGACCUCGACGAUGUUUUCCCCGGCCUCGUCAUCAGGAUUCUACCUCUCGUGAUUCCAUCUUAA